GGUACCUUUCAGUGCGUGUGGCUCCUGGGAGCAGCCAAUGGAUGUGACUAAUUAUUUUUCAUUCAAGCCUGAAAGCCAGACAGAUUUUAAUUUCCCUAGAUACUUUUAUUUAAAAACAAAUUCAUCUACGCGCUUGCUGUAAGUGUACUGCCUCCUCCGCGCGCUGUCCGGUGGCUCUCCAACCCUCUCAGCUGGACAGAGAUGAGUAGUCCCGAUGCGGGUUACGCCAGCGACGAUCAGACCCAGGCAAGGUGUACGAUGUCAGUCAUGAUGCCUGGAAUGGGACACUGCCCGUGGGCCGAUCCUCUCAGUCCUCUCGGGGAAACCAAAGUGAAAAACGAGCCGUGCGCGUCCAGUUCCGGCAGCCAGAAUCGGGGGAAGAGCGAGCCGCGGAUCCGGCGGCCCAUGAACGCGUUCAUGGUCUGGGCGAAGGAUGAGCGCAAGAGACUGGCGCAGCAAAACCCGGACCUGCACAACGCGGAGCUGAGCAAAAUGCUGGGGAAAUCGUGGAAAGCCCUUCCUGUCACAGAAAAGCAGCCUUUUGUGGAAGAGGCCGAGCGGCUGCGGGUUCAGCACAUGCAAGACCACCCCAACUACAAGUACCGUCCCCGGCGGCGGAAGCAGGUGAAGAGGAUUAAGAGGCUGGACUCUGGCUUUCUGGUCCACGGCGUGUCUGAUCACCAGGCCCCGUCCAUGUCCGGGGACGGCAGAGUGUGCGUGGACAGUCUGGGCCUCAGCUACCACGAGCACGGCUUCCAGGUUCCUCCUCAGCCGCUUAGUCACUUCCGGGACGCUCAGGCCCUCGGGGGCCCUUCUUAUGAAUCCUACAGCCUCCCCACACCUGACACCUCUCCUCUGGACGCUGUGGAGUCAGACUCCAUGUACUUUACUCCACAUUCACAGGAGGACUGCCACAUGAUGCCGGCGUACUCUUACCACUCUCAAGCGGCAGAGUACCAGGCCCAGGACCCGCUCUCCAACCACCACGGCAACCCCAUCCUGCACCGACACCCAGGUUCGGCCCCGGAGCAGUCCCCUCAGAAUGCCGCCCUUCCCCCCUCCUACAUGGGAUGCCCCAACCCUCUGGCCAUGUAUUACACCCAGCAUUGCAGUCCCAGCCACCCGAAACGGCACCCCGGCGGGGCAGGACAGCUCUCCCCUCCUCCCGACUCCCACUCUCACUCGGCGGACAGCGUGGAGCAGAUGCACCACUCUGACCUGCUGGCUGAGGUAGACCGCAGCGAGUUCGAGCAGUAUUUGAGCUCCUCUUCGGCGCGCGGGGACAUGACAGGCUUGCCGUACGGGCCGCACGAGGCUGGCAUGCAGGGACCUGAAAGCCUCAUAUCAUCGGUGCUGUCAGACGCCAGCACAGCUGUGUAUUACUGUAGCUACAACAACUCCUAACCUCCUGCCUGGCCCGUUACCCUGCUGCAAGGACACGUGAUCUGACCUCAAAUCUCUGUAGCUAAAUUUGAACGAAAAUGUUCUUACUUUUUCAUUCGCUCACUACUGAUACAGGAGGCUCGUCAGGUUUUGAAUGCCGCUCCGAAGAAGACUUUGUACUGUAUCUGUGUAAGAACAGUUAAUAUAGCCAUGAACUAUUUGAACACUGGUUUUAAUUGUUCCUCUCUUGCAGGGAUAUAAGUUCAUUUUGUGAUAAUAAAUAAUGUAAAGUCACUAUUUUAAAGUUGUGUAUAUACUGAUCAUGUUUCUUUUUUUUUAUACUUUUGCACUUUUGAGAAAUAAAUGUUUGCAAGUA